UCCCCCGCCUUUACAGCUCAGGGUAAGGGAGGGGGACAGGAGAGAGAGAGGGAGCGAUAGGCAGCACCCUUGUGAGUGGGAAACAAGAGUCAGCUUCGCGGAGAGGAGAGAAGGAAAAAAAGAGCUGGGGCGCAAACAAAAGAGAGAACAUGGAUGAAGCAGGAAAAUGUCUGAUUAAAAAGGCAGCUCAGCGGAGGCUUUGGUCAUCCUGCACAUAGUCCGCCCGUUUUUUUGGAUGCCGUGAUUUGGAGCUGUUGCGCGGGGAGCUUUCAAGGCGGAAAGCAGUUUUUAAACCGUCUGUGGAUGUUGCCAGCUUGCGAUGGCUGUUGCAGGGCGAUGUAGCUGCAUAAAAGAGAACGUGCCUCUUUGUUUUUGUUUCUUCAUUGUUCUACUAAGUGUCCUUACAAAUGCACAAAUUCGCUACAGCAUUCAGGAGGAGCUGGAGAGCGGCACUGUCGUUGGCGAUCUUGUUCGGGAUCUCGGGCUGGAUCUGCGAAAGCUUUCGGCUCGUCGGAUCAGAAUCAGCUCCGACAGUGCGAGGCGAUACUUCAGCAUCAACCACAAAACUGGUAAGCUUGUUAUAAGCGACCGGAUUGACCGCGAAACGCUCUGUGAAAUCAGCGGCACCUGCACGCUUAGUCUCGACGUGGUGUUGGAAAACCCAUUUGAACAGCACAACGUGGAUGUUGAGAUUUUGGAUGCAAAUGACAACUCGCCGCUUUUCCCGCGAGACGAGUACCAGUUGGAGAUCUCCGAGGGCGCACAGCCAGGAGCGCGGUUUUCCAUUGAGGGCGCGCAGGAUUCUGACGACGCCUCAAAUUCCGUGCGCCAUUAUCGCCUCACCUCAAACGAACACCUGGCGCUCGAUUCAACCAAACCACCUGCUGACGGAAAACACAUAGAGCUCGUCCUGAAAAAGCCUUUCGACCGUGAGCUUUUGCAGUCACACCAGUUUCUUCUCACCGCUACUGACGGUGGAUCUCCCCCGCGCUCAGGCACAGCCAAAAUCAACGUGCGAGUUUUGGAUACCAAUGACAACGUGCCAGUCUUCGGCAGUUCCGUAUACAAAGUGAAACUGCGGGAAAACUCUCCUGUUGGCGCGCUGGUAAUUAAAUUAAACGCCACAGAUAGAGAUGAGGGCUCCAAUGGGGAGGUGUAUUACUCAUUUAGCUCUUACACGCCAGAUAGAGUGAGACAGGUGUUUUCCAUAGACACAGACAGUGGAGAAAUUAGAGUUAAAAGCAAUGUAGACUUUGAAGAAACCAGCAGCUAUGAGAUGUAUAUCCAGGCAGCAGACAGAGGCCAAGGGGCCGUAGCAGUGCACUGUAAAGUGGUGGUGGAGGUGCUGGAUGUGAAUGAUAACCCUCCUGAGAUUGUGGUCUCCUCACUCUCCAGUCCAGUUCGGGAAGACGCUCGUGCAGACACUGUGGUGGCUUUAAUAAGCAUAAAUGACAAAGACUCUGGACAAAACAAGCAGGUCAGCUUGGACAUCAUCCCCCCAAAUCUACCAUUUAAAAUCAAAUCAAUCCGAAACCAUUACACUAUUGUUACCUCUGCCUUCCUGGACCGGGAGACAAUAGCAUCAUAUAACGUCACAGUUACAGCCACGGAUGGUGGAACGCCACCUCUUUCAUCGUCAAUGACAGUACGAGUAGAAGUGGCAGAUGUAAACGACAAUCCACCACGUUUUGAACAGACUUCAUACACUGUUUAUGUCUCAGAAAACAAUGCACCCAGUGCACCUUUGUGCGUUGUCAAGGCAACAGAUCCUGAUGCUGGUGAGAAUGCUCGCAUCACAUACACUGUCCUAAAUGACAACAACCAUGGUAUUUCAGUGGCAUCAUAUGUUUCUGUCAAACCUGCCUCAGGUGAGGUGUAUGCACUGCUAUCGUUUGACUUUGAGAAGUUGCGUGAGUUUCAUUUCCAGGUUAAAGCUCAAGACAACGGUGUGCCGCCUUUGAGCAGAGUGGCAACAGUUUAUAUUUACAUCAUGGACUCCAAUGACCACAACCCACAAUUUGUUCGCCCAGCGGCAAACGGCUCACACUCCACAGAGACUAUCUUGCGUAACUCAGAGGCAGGGGUCCUUGUUUCACGUAUCCUGGCUUGGGACUUAGAUGCUGGAGAAAAUGCCUGGUUGCUAUACAGCCUCCAUCACCCGCUGGAAUUGGACUUGUUUAAGGUGCAUGAGUACACAGGAGAAAUCCGCACAACACGGCGAGUAAAUGAGGAUAAUGCUACUGUUUUUAGCCUCACAGUGCAUGUACGAGAUCAUGGUUUGCCUCCCCGCUCUGCAUCUACAACAAUUAACAUUGCCGUUAUGGAGCUCCCACCCAAAGUGGCCCCAGACCCAAAACGCAUUAUCAGGCCACAUGGAGCAAUGAUGUUCUCCCAUGUAACCCUCUAUCUUAUCAUUGCCCUGACUGCAACCAUCUUUGUUUUCUUGCUCACCGUCUUUGUCCUAGUAAUUGUUCGCUGCCAUGCCUACUGCAGCCAGCCAGAUGCCUGCUCCUGCUCACCUUGCUGUGGGUCCAAGAAGAAAAAGAAGUCUACAAUGAAGAAGGUACCCAAAGACGGUGGAAGUGGUAGUGUGGCUGCAGGUGGCGGAGGAGGUGGAGCCGCAGGUGGAGGUGGUGGCGCUGCUGGCGGGGUCACAGUCCAGCAACAGUCCGCGGUGAUGCGGAGAGACCUGAAAGUGGAACCACACUACAUUGAGGUCCGAGGAAAUGGCUCUUUAACCAAAACAUACUGCUAUAAGACCUGCCUGACUGCCACCUCAGGAAGUGACACCUUUAUGUUCUACAAUACGGGGCGUCCGUUGAGUGGGACUUGGGGCUCGGGGGCAGACCGUUUCUUCACAGGACAGAGUGGGCAGUUUGUGCGCAGACUGAGCAUGCCCGACGCUACGGCAAUACAGCCUAAAGGUCCCAAUACAGACUGGAGAUAUUCAGCGUCCCUCAGAGCAGGAAUGCAGAGUUCGGUCCAUAUGGAGGAGUCAUCCGUGAUGCAGGGUGCUCAAGGAGUUCUUGUUCAGAACUGGCCCACCGUCUCCAGUGCUCCUGAUAAUGAAGGUGGAGAGGUCUCUCCCCCCGUAGGUGCUGGAGUGGACAGCAACAGUUGGCAUUUUCGAUACGGACCCGGUCCGGGAGGCCCUCCACAUCUGAAACCCGGUGAGGUUCCUCCUGAAGCCUUCAUCAUCCCUGGUUCUCCAGCCAUUAUUUCCAUCAGACAAGGAGACGGAGACGACAAGAGCGACUUUAUUACCUUUGGAAAAAAGGAGGAGGCCAAGAAAAAGAAGAAAAAGAAGAAGGAGAAGAAGGAUAAGCGGGAGAAAGGGAAAGAUGAUGAUGAUGAUUAGAGAGAGAGAGGAGGAGUUAAAGAAAGAGCUGAUUUUUUAAGACAGAAGUCUCAACGAAAGUCUGUAGAACAAAACAUGUUUUAUUAACUCUAAAAUCCACAUUUGAGGCUCAAGCAAACAUUUUAUGUUGGAUCGAACUGAUAAAUUUGGAUUGAUUUUCUUUCACAUCAGAUCUGGCUUUAAGAAGGUAGCUUCCCCUUCCUUUUAAUUAAAUGAUUGAUUAAUCUCACCUUGAUGAAAUGUUAUAUUAUUGAUUAAUAUUCUCUCAUGCCUCAGCCAUUAUUCCUCAGAAAAUGUCCUUCAGACUUAUGUUGGUACGUCUGUCUUAUUCAUCCUCUUGGUUUUUGUUUUCCAAUCUUAUUAAUAGGGAGACAAAAUCAGAUUUGUUUGUAAGCUGUGUGCCGCUUCACAUGUGCUUUCGUGGUAAAAAAGAGAAUGAAGCAGGACACACACUGGUGUAAAUACGCAGGUUGGGCACCGCUGUAUGUAAAGCAGUAAAUACGCUAAAUUAACGCUUUUGCUCAUUCACUUCUCCUGGUGUGGGAUUGAAUAAUAAUCCUUCAAAACAAGAGACUUUGAAACAUUUUCACUUAUAAAGCAAAUCUCAAAACAGUGUUUUAUCCCCAAAAAAAUUUAAAAAAUAAAAAAAAAAAAAAAAACCAAAAAAAAAAAAAAAGGACACCGAAUGAUGGAAUGCACUUUUAUUUUGUUGCUUUAAUUUUGUUACCAGCAAAUGUUCUCUAAGGCAUAGUAUAUAUGUGACCAAGUAGUCCCAUAUAUACACAUAUGUAGACACACACAUCUAGUAAACAGGGUCAACAAUCAGUGAAUCUCUACAGUAUAGCGACUCCCAAAACCUCACCAGGUCUGAGAUUUUUCUAGCCUGGUUGGCCUUUUGGUUAACCAACAGUUGGAGAAGUACGCUAACAAGUCAAUAUCAUGUAAAGUUCAUGAGAAAUCAGCUCUUCGGGAGCCUGGUUAUGUGCUCUGUUGUUUAUAGGGCUGGCUGAGAGAAUGUUUAUGCAUUAUGAACAGUAUUACUAUUGAUUCACCUGACCUUAAACACCUUUGAUCCAAUAAACUAUCCUUAAAUACCCUCUGUAGAAAAGGCAUGGGGAUUAUGCCAUGAUUUUUUUCUGUGGCAUUGCCUCAUAGCUGUAGUUUCCCUACUGCCCUUGACCCUGUCAUCCCAACCCUAAUUUUGUGCCUGCUUUCUCAGCUCAGUAUGUCAUACACAAAACCUAGUCGCCUCCCUUCUGCUUGCUGUUUGGAGGGCCAAAACACCCCAAGAGCAAAGAACACAGCAUAUUAGCUGGGGCUUUUCAAAUUCGAAGGGGAGGGGUUUUUUGUGUGAUGUUUUUAUAAGCUUUAAGUGAAAUUUAUUGCUAAUGUACAGAGGUUCUGUCUGUUUGUCUCUUUCUUGAUCUCUCUGCUGGGUAGGCUAGCUCUAGACAUUGUGGUGUACUCAUGUAGUAUGGAGAAAUGCAGACGAUGCCUGUCAAAUCCCCCACCCACCUGCAGAGGACAGAAGCCCCUCCCACAGCUCUGACAUAUGUUAAUGAUCCAGCUCAGUCCAAUCAACCUCAGCUCUGUCUCUGUAAAAGAUACUGUAUUUUCUGCUUCAUUCUCAGACAGAGGAGGAAUGGGAAAAGUAAGAUGUGCAGCUUAGGCAAGGGAUGUAGAUUAGUAGAGAAGGACGUUGGGGUGAAAAUAGUGGCUUGCCAGUUUGAACCAAUGUUGAGAGUGAAGUGUGUAAUUUCUGUGCUAUUAGCAGCACCAAAAAGAUUUUCCCCCCGUCUGCCUUUAAUGGAUCCAGCCAUUGGUUUAGAGCUGUGUCAGGUUGAUUGGGUUGCUCAAACAAACAGAGCAAAGUUUUCAAUGAAACAUCCACUGUUUACACAAGUAUCUAAACCUCAAAAAAAUAACACAAAUCAUCUGUACAGUUAUGAAAAACAAUCAAGUGUUAUUCAUUAAUGCUAAUACAACAUUUUGCAUCAAUAAAACACUACAAAAAUUAGACUGUUGUCUCCACCCCAUGCCGUCUAGUGUCUGAUUACAGCGGCAGUGACACGUCUGUGUUCUGAUGCUAUUGGUUCCCUCAUUUGCCUGCUAUCUUGUUGUCACACACACAAAAACAUCUCAAACCGAUGUCACAAUUACUCAAACGUGGCUGCUGCAUGACCUUACUAGAAAGAAAACACUUACUAUAUAGAGAUAUAUAUGAAUAUAGAUAUAGAUGGCUAUGAUUUUAUUAUUUUUGUUUAUAGUUUUUAUUCAUUAUUCACACACAAGAUUUGUGUAUGUACCGUCUCUGAGCCUUUUGAAUACUGACACCUCUGCACCGACUUACAGUGGACAGUUAUGACCUUACUAAACCUUGGUAUUUGUUAAUGCUCUAUAGUGUGAUGCCCUGAAGCUCUCGUUUUAAUCCUAUUGUUUUCAUUUUUGUUUAUGAGAUAAAAAAAUGUGUUUGGCUUUGACAUACCGAUCAAACUAGCACUGUAUAUUGUAGCUAAAUUAUGUAUGAUGAUUCUAAUCCCUACUCUUUCACUUCUUUGACAAAGAAAUAAAAAAGAAAAAACUGAAAAAAAAAACACAUCCUGAUGUAAAAUACAAUAUAUGUAAUGUAUGCUUGUGUCUAGUGAGCGUUCAUGCUGUCAUUCUUUCGUAUUGUCUGGUGGUGAUCAGUAGGUGGCGCUGUGCUGUCAAACUGAAUGGCGCUCAUCUGUUGUAAAACCCUCUUCUUUUGUACACGUGCUCAUCAAUAUGUGAUGGUGAUUUAGUGACCUCCAUUUCUUUCGUUUUUCUCUUUAUUUUUUUAUUUUAUUCUUUUCAUUAUGAUGGAAAAGUGGUGAUGUGUUUUGUUUAUAAAUCACUAAAUAAACUUUUCUUUCUUAAGAAUGUGA